CGAUGUCUGGAUCGAAGAAAUUGUUCAUCUUCCACUGAAUAUAUUGCCAGGCUUCAAGCUUCAACACAGCCAACCGCCGGUGGCAACCCUCCGUAUCUUCCCCAUCAAAAUCCCAGUUCAAAAACUUCUCGUGCAUACCCCUCUCCGAUGGGUACACUCGCAGUCGCUUCGAGCAAACCGAGUUUUUCCUCCUCUCGAUGGUGUCGCUGAGGCUUUCUGCGUCCACGCUCUGCAAUGCGUUUGCCAUGGGUACAGAUGGGUACAAUAACGGAAUUUCCUUACGCCACGGCGGUCCGCCGUUGCGCUUAUUACAUGUGUCCGAAGUCGCUCGCCCUCUGUCCUUCGAUCUCGAUUUCAAAGCUCAGCAGGGUUCGGGCUCGAAUAUCAAUCCUCAUGAAACGAAGCUCGCGCUGUUUGUCUGACACUCCCACCUCCUUCUACUGGGUGACAUACGGUUGUACUCCGGCUCUUGUCAACGCUAGCGGUCUGAGCUACUUCGUCUCUUUGGCAAGCCUUGGUCAUGUCUUUGACUCCGGGAAACGAGAUCAAACCAGAGAAAAGUGAUGCAUUUGCAUCAGUACAGGGGAAAGACUUCGGAGUCCUCCCCAUCCCCCGGCGACUACGCCACAGUGCGGAGGAUGGACGUCCGCCAUUCAGUCUCUUGCUCAACGCGACCUUCGGGUUUGCGUGUUGCUGUAUUGUCGCAAAUUUGUACUACUGCCAGCCGCUGUUAAUCCAGAUAUCUGCGUCUUUCGGCGUGUCGUACAGCGAAGUUUCGAGGGUGCCAACGCUUCUUCAAGCCGGCUACGCAUCCGGCGUCCUCCUCAUAUCGCCACUUGGCGAUCUCGUCCGUCGCCGCCCCCUGAUCCUUCUCCUCAUCUUCAUCUGCUCAACCCUUUCCGUCUCUCUCGCCGUGACCAAAUCCUUCCUUGCCUUUCAAAUUCUAUCAUUUCUGGUAGGCUUCACCACCGUCACACCGCAAGUCCUCAUCCCGCUCGCUGCGGACAUCGCUCCUCCUAAAAGGCGCGCAAGUGCGAUUUCAAUCGUGCUCUGCGGGUCGUUCUUGGGGAAUUUGUUGGGGAGGUUGAUUGCGGGGAUCGUGGCUGAAUUUGCGAGCUGGAGGAUUAUCUAUUAUGUUGCUGCUGGGGAGCAGUAUUUUGUUUUGUUCGUGCUUUACUGGAUGAUACCUGACUAUCCGGCCAAAUCCAACGGACUGUCGUACUUCGGGAUUUUGUGGUCCAUGGCAAAACUCAUCGUCACUGAGCCGAUACUCGUCCAAGCGUGUCUCAUUAUCUUCGCCUCAAACGCUUGCUACGUCAGCUACUGGGUCACUCUGACCUUCAUCCUCGGCAACUCGCCAUACCACUACUCCACGCUCGUAAUAGGUCUCUUCUCCCUCAUCGGUCUCCUCGGCGUCUCCCUCACCCCACUCAUCGGCCACUUCAUCGACCGUCUCCACGCCUGGCACGCCGUUCUUCUCUCCACGCUCGGUCUCACCGUGUUCUGGGCGAUCGAGACGGGCGCAGCGGGGUUGAAUGUGGCGGCGGUCGUGAUUACGUGCCUAGGCUUAGAUAUUUUCGACUUGAUGCAGCAGACUUCUUUGGCUGCGACUGCGUUGAGUAUAUCGGAGGGCUCAACGGCGAGGAUGAACGCCCUAUUAAUUCUAUCCAACUACAUAGGCCAAGUAAUGGGAACCUCCGUCAGCACGCGCGUCUACGUCGAACACGGAUGGCAAGCCGCUUCUGCGGUUUCGCUCGGAUGGAUGGGAUUCCAGGUGUUGGUGCUGUUGGCGAGGGGGCCGCAUUGUGGGAGGUAUGUCUGGAUUGGGUAUGAGGGUGGGAUCGGGUGGAGGAAGCAGGGAGUAGAGUUGGAGGAGAAGGGGAGCGAUGACGCUGAUUGCGACGAGAUUACGGAGACGAAGCAGAAAGAGACCAGGGAAAAAGAGCGAGGGUGUGAGACGGCCUAGGAGGGCGUUUGAUGUCGUGC